CAGAUUAUUUAUUAAGCACUUCUUAAUUAGCCCUAAUUUGAUUUACAUUACUUAUCUUGCUAAUGAGCACUCGACAGAAUUUUAAUUUAGCCAGUCGAAAGAGAGUAACAUAUGAAAGAUUAUAUCCUCCAAGGAAGGAUGUCCAAAAAAUUCAAAAGAAAUAAUUCAACAGGGAACGAAGAUCAGGUGAUUAUAAGAAUCGAAAAUGACUUCGAAGAGAAUGUUUCAACUGCCUAUAAGACUUUCAACUUGUUAUUAUUCUCACCAAAGAGGCUAUUGACCAUAUCAAGCAAGAAAUUUAUUCGCAUAAUUGUUCGCGAUAUAUGCCUUACAACUUUACAAUUACCUUGUCUAAUAACUGAUUUCAUAUCAUUAUUAAAAAAUGCAACUUGUGGAAAGAGGAUUUGUUUCUCUUCAACAUCAGCAAGGUCAAGGACCACUAGCCGUAUCAUACAACAUCAUCAUUGUUGGGCUAUAGAGAAUUCAGUAAUAUGGGAUCAAGAUCAAGCUUGGAAUGAAGAGAUGUACUCGAAUAUAAUAUUAAAGAUAAUGAAUACUGAAGAUUUAUCUUCUGAGAUCAAUAAUAUUAUUCUCAAUAAUUCCAUUCAAAGGAUGAAAGUACUAAUAAGAUUGAGCGAAAGAUAUAAUUUCAUAAAAUCGUCGUUGAAUGAUAGGUCUAAUAAUCCUUUGUUAACCGCUUUAAAGAAUAAUAAGCCGGGAAUAGCUGGAAAACUUUUAUCCAUUUCGACAAAGGAUACUUUACAAGAUUGCGUAAAUGAUAAUCAAUAUUGCAGUAUGAAUGCUAUACACUUGUCAAUAGUUCACUGCUUGCCAGAAAUUCUUCAAAGAAUUAUGAACAAGUGUAUGGAAUUUGAUAUUUUAGACGAAAUGUGCUCUGCACCAGCGAACGGAGAGGCACUUUCAAAGUGUUACGGUUUGUCAGCAAUUCUACCUCUUCAUCUAGCAACAGUCGUCGGUAACAAUUGUGUUAUAGAUUGUCUUGUUUCUAAUGGCUGCAAACUUGACAAACAAGACUCAAUAGGCAAUACAAUAAUCCAUUCUCUAGUCUAUUCAAGUAAAAAGCAAAGCGGACCGGCAAUAGAGACCUUAAAUUAUAUUUUAAAUCUCUGUAGUCAACCUUCAUAUUUAUCGAUCUCUCACCAAAGAGUUAGUGAACUUGAUUUAUUUUCCUAGUGUAAUCUGUAUUUAAGUCUUAUUAUCUUUCCCUCGUAAAUAUUCACCUUUUCCUGGAAAAGAAAAACAAUAAAAUAAAACAAGUUCACUAUUGGUUUACCAAAUUAGGCAACCAAAAAGCAUCUUAUCAGAUAUUUAUUAACGAUAAAAAACUACUCUGGAUUUGACCCUUUAAAGUUAGCGGCAGUUGAGGGUUGUGUCGAUAUGUUGAAAGCUCUACUAGAAAUUGAGGGAACAUAUAGGAUCUCUCAGACUCAAUUAGGCCGGGUGAACGUCCUCGAAUACGAAGUAACUAACAUAGAACCAAUUUUAUGUCGUAUGCAAGCUGCUCCAAGCGUUUUAGAAUUACUUGCUUAUUCACCAAAUGAUGAUAAUAUAAGAGAUGCAUUUUGUAUUCCUUUGGUUGAAAAGAUUGUGGAUCAAAAAUGGUCUCACUAUAGAACGUACUAUUGGAUAUGGGCCAUUGUGCACUGUUCCUAUAUGGCAUGUAUAUCCCUACUCUUUUUAAAGAACAAGAGAUUUCCUUUUGAAAAUUGUAAACCGAAAACUCCUUACAAACAAGUGUACGAUUAUAAAUUAUGUUCGGCUGUUUUGAGUUUAUGUAUCAUGCUUCUAACAUACGGUUUAACUGGUUUUAUUUGUACUCUUAUUACUCAAUGUUUCCGACAAUCUAGGAUAAGGAGGACACUGUCUGUUACUAGAAUGGGCAAAUAUUAUGUAUUUUUAAUAGGUCAUCCAUCUUUAACCAUUAUUUGGUGGCUUUGUUGGGUUUUAUGCGUAAAAUCGGAUAUUUGCAUGGUGAUGGAGACCGUAAUUCUCGUGACUGGCUGGUUAUAUGCAAUAACGUUUAGUAAACUCUUCCAAUUAACUGGUUUUUUCACUGUCAUGUUUGCUAAACUUGUCAAUAAAGAUUUACCUAGGUUUUUACUUGUUUCAUCUUUGGCUAUUAUUGGUUUUGGCACUGCUUUAUUUGCCACUUACGCCCAGACUGUAGAAAAACCUCCUGAGGUAUCCUCUCUUCCGGUGACCUAUAUUAGUCUAUUUAGAGUGUCUUUAGGUUUGACCGAUUUACAUUUCCUUCACGACGAAGAAAUUAAUUUGCAUAGAAUGUUGCUUUAUAUGACAUUUUUAAUAACAAAUAAUGUUGUACUACUACAUAUGUUAAUAGCAGCUUUAACGGACACUUAUACUUCAAUAUCAAGACAUGGGUCUUCAGUUUGGAGAAGAUCCCAAGCGCAAGAUAUUCUUAUGUUGGAAAUGUCGCUCCCAAACUGGCUUCAGUUGAAUUUUGUACAUAAACAUUAUCUACCAGUAACCUUGGAUGAAUUAAUUAUGGGAAAUAAAUUAGUUCAGAGGAAAACUUAUGAAUUCCAAUUAAUCGAUUCUGAGCCUGCUCAGAGUCGUUGCAAGUUAAAAAGUUCAAAUAAAAUUUCACCUGUUGACAAACAAUAACAAAAAUUUAUCGCUUUCAUUUUAUUUGCUAACUAAAAAGCUCGUUCUUUAUCGUCUAUUUACGUAUAACAUGCAUAGUAUUAUAUAUAUACUUGUAUAUUGUAUAUACCGUAUUAAAAU